AUGGAACCCACUGCAGAUCUAGAAAGGCUCGCACUGGCUCUCUUUGGAUACCAACACAACCACUGGCAUCAUCCAACAAUCCAAGAAGAAAAGACCAACUCAAUGAUAACCACAGAGGUGCCACACACUGCUUCUAUUAAUACCGGUGCUACCGAUACUGAUGAUACCCACUCCAACCGCGACGAAGAGGCUGCCAUUGACAACGCUUGGCACCAACAAAGAUCCAACUGCCUUCAUGCAUCCUCCUCCUCCUCGAAGCCAGAAUCACCAAUCCAACAACAAUUGUCAUUCGCCGCCAAUUUCAUACAAGCGAGGGUAGAUACGUUCUCCAGGAAUAUGGAAACCAUUGGCCAUAUUCUCAUGGGAGGAGACUAA